CCCCGCGGCGCAACCCUGCCCUAAUCGCAGAGACCGCUCUUUUUCUUCGGCGACUGCGGCGUCUCGUCAGUGAACGACGGCUGCCUUCCUCUCCAUCGGGAAACAGCGACAGUCGGCGGUGGCGUCUUCCCCUCCCGAACGGUUGGAGCGAUGUACAAGUCAUGAAACUUACCCAGAAGGCACCCCGGUUGCUGUGUGCUAAGGUAGAGACUACACUGAAGCCCAGGAUGAGAUCUUUGCAGGACAUGGGAUUUUCUGUUACCGAAAUAGUUCAGUUGGUUUCAAAAUUUCCGACUGUACUCUAUCAUAAUAUCCAACCGAAUUUGAACUUCUUGAAGUCACUACUUGGUUCUAAUGAGAGGUUACUGAAAGCCUGCAGUAGGAACCGAUUUCUUCUUACUUCUAGCUUAGCUCGGAAGAUAGAGCCCAAUAUAUCUCUCUUAAGGGAAUGUGGCAUCAGUGAUGAAUGCAUCGCGCGUAUGGUGGUGUUGAAUUCGGGUUUUGUUGUUCGAAAAAACAAAUUUAUUAAGGAAGUUAUGGAACAUGUUGAGGAGUUGGGUGUGCCACAUGAUUGUGGAAUGUUCCCUCAUGCACUUCUUACUGUCUUGAACUCGAGCAGAUCUAAGUGUGAUGCUACCUUUGCAACCUUGAAGAGCUUUGGUUGGUCCCAGCCAGAUAUCGUUGCCAUACUCAGGAAGAACCCAUGUGUUUGGAGACUCUCAAAGAAGAACAUAUCUGACAAAAUGACAUUCCUGACGAAGGAAGCUGGUUGUGAGCUGCAGUAUAUCAUUCGCAAUCCUGGGAUUCUUGCAUAUAGCUUGGAGAAGAGGUUGAGACCGCGACAUGAAGUUAUAAAUUUUCUCGAGCAGAAUAAAUUGCUGGAUAAAGGACAUCGCCUUUUAUAUGUCAUGCCACUAACUGAGCAGAAGUUCAUGAACAAAUUUCUUUUCCCGUACAAGGAGAAAUUUACUGCACUCUAUAAUUCCUAUGUUGCUGCUGUGCAGGGAAAGCACCAUGUUGUCGCUGAAAAUUAGGAUUGCAAGUGCUUCCUCGAGACAAAUGUGUAAACCUGUUGCAUCCUGACUGCACUAUUUAAUCAUCUUAAAUUUGUGACAAUUUAUAUUCUUCAGGAGUUUCGUCUGAGUGGAACAUCCCUGUUGAUUUUGAUAUUUUAUUUCUAAUUAUCUUUUGAUACCUUUUAUUUUA